AUGAAUGAGCCUGGACAAAUUAAAAUUCGUUAUCCUGAAAUACAUGCGCCUAAUAUGUGGAGAGCUAAACUUGAUGCCAUAGAGGCCGAUUUGUCAGAAUUCUGUAGUGAGAAAUGCGAAGGCCUAAAUGGAGGAUAUUUCGCAGAUAAUGAUGGGGACUGCUGUCAGUUUAUUGUCUGUCAGUUAACACAGAGCAGAUUUGGUCCAGGCCAAUAUAUUGGCUACAAGCAAACAUGCAUGUACCCUCUAGUAUGGGAUAGUAAGAAUGGAGCGUGUAACAACGCCAAGGAUGUUGAGGGUUGCACUGAGGAAUGUCAUACGCCGCCAUCUCCAACACCACCAUUCACUACACAGAUGUAUAAUGAGUCGGGUCAAUGUUAUAGAAAUAACAAGUUAUACUCAUGGAUUGAAUCCGAUCCACAAUGUUUCUUCGUUGAUGACAACAUGGACGAAUUAGUGUGUUGCGGAAUUGAUCGAGUAUUUGAUCUUGAAGAGUGUGGUUGUGUAGGCACAUUAGCUCCAAGUGAAUGCGACUGCAUUCUCUGCCUGCCAUUCGUGAACAACAGAGUACAGGAUAUCAUCCAUGAUACAUACACUGAAGUGAGAGGCGUCAGUAUAAGUGAUGCUGGUGUUAAGGGACCAGGUGAUCUUGAUAUAUUCAAAGGUUGCUUCGAUGGUGUUGAUGAUUACAUUCGUAUUAGCAACUUUAUCAAACUUUACUAUGGACCAACAUUUUCGAUAAGCUUCAGUUUUUAUGUCGACCCAGCUUAUGAUACAAGAAAAACGCACGGCAUUAUAAGUAAUGGCUGCUGUGAUGAAGAAGGCUCAAUCAAAGUGAACGUGCUAGGGGAGUCAUUAAACGUUCGUUUUGAAACUGAGUUCGGAGUGUACGAAGAGGAUAUCUUGGAACCAGCGGGUAAACGACUCACACCUGGUACUCUCACAGAUGUGACAUUGAGAUACUGUGGUCCAACCCUUGAUGUAUUCUAUGAUGGCGAAUUGGCCGAUACAAGAAUUCUUGGAGGAGAUCUGUUGACCACAGAUUGCGCACUUACUAUUGGUCAGGAUGGCGACAAAGGCGAUGAUGGUGGUGAAAAUACCAAUUUCCAAGGCUGUAUUGUAAACUUUUCAGUAUGUCGUGACUGCUGGACUGAUGAACAAGUCAAUGCACUCGCUGCUUAUGACGAAGCAUCUAUCAUUUGCGAACAGUUAGAUGAGCUUGCCCUUGCAGGAGCAAUUUAAUUAAUUAAAAUUAAUUCUGGUUAAUUAUAUUUGGCAAUAGGUUUUUACUUCCAAUACCGAUCCGAUAAAAUGACACAAUAUAGUCCAUUUACAGGUAAUGUGAUGUUCAUUAGUUCGUCAUAUUUAUACUGUUCAAAUGUUACCCAUUGUGCUUUGUGAUCAUACGGGUUUAUUCUUUUUCCCAUGUGUUCUUUUGUGAGUGUAAAAGCUAUUGGUUUGCAUCACUUAGCAAUCCAUGUGUAGCACACACCUCGACUCACUUACAUGGGUUAUUUAACACACGAAUGGAGUAACGUCGUGCUUCCAUAUGUUGAAUAUCCAUGAGUAUUAUUAGUUUAGUCUCAAUAUUCUAGUUUUACCUAAACAGAGUGUCAACUAUGUUAGUAUCGGUAUUGGUAGUUGAAAUCCCUACCAAUAAAAAGCAUUAGUGGCUCAUAAUUAUUAGUCAGUCGAUUUUAAUGUAUCAAGAACAGUUUAUUAUAUUUUGAAUAAACUUUUAAAACUUGA